AUAUUUUCGUUUUAUUCAUAAAUCUAUAACAAAUAAACCAAUUAACGAUGCCACAGGGGAAAUUCAAGAAAGCCAAGAUGCCGGCUGCCAUGCAAAAGAAGAAGCAAAAGCAAGCAGCCUUCACACGCCGAUCCAAUGCACCCAUCCAGGCUAAAAAAGGCAAGUUCAAUGAAACGCAGAAAAUUAAGGCAGUCAUCUCAAAGUCCGUUAACAAGAGCGUGGAGAGUGAACUGCGUUCCCGGGCCCACGAAGGCUACAUUCAACUGAGCAAAGCCCAGGAGGCUGUGGCCAAGCAUCACGCCUCGCAGGCGGCAGCGGCGGCAGCAACCAGCACAAGCACAAGCAAACCUGUAGCAUAAUUUAGUUUAAAGUUAGGAAAUCGUUGUAUAUAACACUCAAUUAAAGCCUUGUAUAUGUACAUGACUGUACUGGAAGCUUUUGAGUGUGUCGCUGUGGCUGUCAAAGGCCAAAUGGCGGUCGAGUUGAUGUCUCAAGGCCUUGGGCUAAAAAAACGAUUGAGAACUUUGACGUUUUCCUAAUUUAUGCUCAGACCUUGCACUGUCCCCAUUGAAAUAAGUUUUGCAUUCAGCUUCCCAGUUAUCGCAAUAAGUUUGUUUAAUUAUAAAAAUAGUUUGCGAACAAA